CCUCCCCAACCCAGAGCUUGUAGCCCAGCAGAUUUCUUUCCCCCUUUUUGCAAAUAAAUCCAGCAAAAAUAACAUUCAGUGCAAAAAAAAUCGGAAGUAAAAUUGUAUAAUUAUCAGACAAAUGACAAGUAAAUCCAUUGCAAAUAUAACGCAUUUGCAAUAGGGGGAAAAAUAUCCACUGAAAAAGGCACGCUUUGUUUAAAAAUAAGAUAAAAGGUGCAUUUGUUCUGUAUUUCUGCUCUCUCAAACUGAUUUAUCUGUCUGCAUUAUUUAUUUCCUCCGUUGCAUUGGGAUCGAUUAAAAUGAGCUCAGCCAAAGAGGACACGACAGAAUCACUGAAGAAGCUUCAGGACUUCCUCGGAGAUUUGAUGAUCCUGGGAUCACUCCAGGGUUUCCGGUACUUUCGGCCUUGGGUGCGAGGGCGCGAGGAACUGCUGCUGUUUGUGGUGAACAAGGAUCUCAGCUGGCAAACGGCGAGGUGUCCCAGGAGCCGGAUUGCCUCUCCCGCUGAGGGCCACGGAGUCGCUUGGGUGCCACUGGACGACCGCUCCCCGCAAUCACAGAAGAGGAUCCUCCGCGCCGGGAAUCUCGUGAACUGGACGGGAGCUAUGAACUCCACACCGGCGAAGACCCCUGCCCCCGGAUGUGGACAGGGGGACGUGGGGCUCCCGCCAGCCUCACCGUGUGAUCGCGAGGGAGCCGACUGCACCCUCUUCCUGCUGGCGGGUUACACCAGGUACCAGCGGCCGUAUGCCUGGCUGCGCUCUGACUGCCAGUGGCUGCUCGCGUCCUCCGCCAGCGGAGGGGCCACCAAGGACAUCCCGCUGAAGCUGGACUCCACCACCAACCGGUACCGCAGAGCGGUGCAGCUCUGGGAGAUGGUGGCCGAGCUGGUGACCCUCUGUACGUGGCCCCCACCCUCCAACCCCUUCAGCCUGGACAUGAGUCACUUCGAGUCGCUCCCUCUAACCGAGAGCUUCCUCGCCUCGGGAGCCAUGACCAGCUUCCUGCAUAAACUUGUCAUCCACGGAGACCGAGAGCAGCCCUACCACAGCAAAGUGGUGGAGGAGCUAGAAGCUCUGACAGGCUUCACAUCAAGGCCCUGCUGGAGAUGCAGAGACAGAAGCUGAGGGAGAGAGGACAGGAGGAAGAAGGCGAGCAGCUGAGAACGACAGCAGCUUCUCCACCAGCGAGUGAGCGGACAACCACCCUCCAGCAGGCGUAGAGGAGGCAGGAGUAGAGGGAGGGAGGUAGGGACAUUGAGUUGGGAAGGGUGAAUCAGUGAUGUAAAUACUCGGGGAGCAGAGACAUAAUGGUUGACGUUAGCACAUUAAUGUGGUCCGAGGGAGGGAGCAGUUGGGAGGGGGCGGUGCGUCGGGGUUGUCCCGUGUCUGGGCAGUUGUAUACCGUCUGCGCGAAACCAUUCCUGCGUCUACUUUGGAAGAGUCUGAUGGGUCUGGUGAUGCGCGAGCCGGACGUGGAGGUAGCCCUCACAGCUUACGCGGAUGACGUUCUCCUCAUGGUAACCGACCCUGUUGACGAGUGCCGGCGGGUCGUCCCAGCUGCGACCCCCCCCCCCGCCCGGAUCAACUGGGAGAGGUGUUCAGAUCUCCCGGCGGGCCAGUGGCAGGUGGACUCCCCGCCGGAGGAGCCGAGGCCAUUCGUGUGGAGCGCCACGUCCCACCUCGACCUGGGGUGUCCACCGAGGAAACCUGGCCGGUGAACUGGCAGGACUUAGAGAUGAAGGUCGUUGCCCAGGUAGGGCGCUGGUCAGGACUACCUGAGGUGAUCUCCUACCAGGUCAUAAACCAACCGAUGGCCUCCAUGUUGAGGUACCGGUUGGGUCACCUUGGCCCCACCCAAAGGAGGUUGGUGGACUUCUUCUGGAGCGACAGAAAACACUGGGUCCUGAGUCUCCUGAUUGAGGACAAUCAGUCACUGGUGUGCGUACAUACCCAGAUGGCAGCUCUCCGCCUCAGGACCCAGCAGAGAUACCUGUACACCGAGCACCAGGUGGCACAUAUUUUUUCCACCGGGGGCAGGGGGGGCGUUGCCUUCAGGAGGACACGUGGCUCCCAGCCACGAACAUCAGCCGUGCCGCUGUGUGGAAGCUGCCCAGUUUUUAUCUCGAGCUCUUGGGGCACGGUCGCCUCAGGGAGCACUGCUUUGGCCGUGGGAGAGGUCAGUCCCCGUCCCACCGCAACGGGUGACAAGGGGGCCUCAGGAUCACGGAGUGACCCCUUCCCCCCCGGCUGUGGUCACCCCAAGUUGACCAUCGGACCCCCAAGGCCCCAAAACCUCUCCCGGGAGCCGGUCCCACACACACGACAGGGGCCGCCUUGCAGAGACGCCCCACUGUGCCGUGUCGCGAUGCGCCGAGACGGUUCUUGCACGGGCUGCUUCCGUGCGCCGUGCACUUCCUCGCCUUCGCCGGCCAUCCGGACGCCCCAUGGUGAUCCGCUUAACCAUCCGGCAAUGAGGGAGGUCCCCAGUGGAGGACUCCUGACGUGGGAGUCCCACCCCCUCUACAUUGGGGACCCGGGGCAGAGAGUGUUGCACAGAGUAGUCCCGCGGAACGGAUUCCCAGGUCGGUGUACGGACUCUCCGGUCGCCAGGUGGAGACGGAGUAUCGUGUAUUUACGGAGUGCGAGAGCUUGCAGCCCCUGUUUGAUUAUCCGAAGGGGCCACUCCCCGAGUUCCGGCCGCACUGCAGCCCCUGCGCUCCUGACCUUCGCUCACCCGGUGCGGAGGGGGGGUCUCCUGGUCACUCUGCUCCCGGGACCGGCCGGGGAGGCCAUUCACGGGUCAGGCAUUCGGGGGUUCCGCCCGAGCCGACUGCCUGCCCCUAUUCCGGGGUGACGUCCGUUCCCGUGUGUGUCCCCGGAGAAGGAGCACGCGGUGUCCACGGGUAGAACGGGGGGCUUUCCGGGACCUGUGGGCGUCUCAGGGGCUCGAGUGCGGCCUGGGUAGCGACGAGCGUGUUGUAAUUUGAAGCUGUAACUAGUGUGUACCGUGAAGUGCUGUAAUGUUGCAUUAGUGUGAUCCUGUAAUCACUGAAUAAACCUCCAUUUGGAAAAGGGAAUAAAAGGGAGGGAACGAC